UUAAAUCAAAGAGAUGCUAACGAUGCUAACGAUGCUAACGUGGCGCUCUCUGUCUCCUCUGUGUGUGAAGACGAGCUGUGCGAGCUGAAGGCCGAGCGGCCGAUCACGUUGGCAGAAACUCUGACGGCCAAAGAGAGGGAGUCCCUGGAGGAGAAGGAGGAGACGCUGGGAGACGGAGAGAAGGGCCAGCAGGACGAAGAGAAGGAGGUGAAGGAGGAGAAGGUGGAGGAAGAGCGAGGAGGAGGAGGGCAGGAUGAAGAGGAGGAGGAGGUGGUGGAGCUGAGAGCUCAGGUGUUGCAGCUGCUGCUGGAGCUGGACGAGACCAGAGAGGUUUCCCAGAGACACGAGGAGAGUUUCCUCGAGCUGCAGGGUCUGUUAGAAGACGAGCGGCUGGCGAGCGCCCAUCAGGCCGAGAGCUUCACCAGACAGAUCCAGCGACUGCAAGCUCAGCUCCGGUCGGUCCAGGAGGAGAUGGACAGUCUGGAGGAGGAGAAGGAGAGCGAGCUGGAGGAGGUGCAGGAGGAGCUCCGUUCGGCCCAGGAGGAGGUGCUGAUGCUGCAGCAGGCGGCCGAGGAGGCGGCGGCGGAGAGGGAGAACGACAUCGCCUCCCUGCAGGAGGAGCUGUGUCGGCUGCGGGCCGAGCUGCAGCGCCUCCACGCCACGGCGCAGGAGUACGAGCUGGAGAUCACCACGCUGAGGGCCGAGAUCAGCAUGAAGAGCCAGAACCAGGACUCGCACAGACCCGGUGACGUGAGUCAGGUGACGGAGGAGUUCACCUCUCUGACAGACGAACGUCAGACUCUGAGCAGCGACAACAAAGAGUUGGGCAGCAAAGUGGAGCAACUGCAGCAGCAGCGAGACGCGUGUGAGGACGUGUACCUGGCAGUCCGAGUGGAGGGCGACACAAAGGGUGAACAGGAUGACCGAGCGAAGGCCGACUCGUACAUCUCCCUGUCUCAGUCCGGUCCUGAACACCGGGGCCGACCCCCCCAGGAGGAUCCGGAGGUCUGCAGCUCAGAGGUCAGCGUCCUGCAGGUCCAGCUGAGACAGGCUGAGGAGGCGGCUCACAAAGUGCAGAGAGAGUGUGAUGGUUUGAAGGGCGAGCUGGUGGACCUGCAGCAGCUGUACGACAGCAGCCAACGGGAGCGAGCGGCGCUCGAGCAGGAGCUGCAACGCUGCAAGGACGAGCUCCAGAGACUGAUGGGCAGGAAGUCACAGAACUGCACUCGUCCGUCUGAGCCCCCUGUUCUCUCCAUCCCCUUCAUAGGAAUGAUUGUAAUAGUGGCCUUGAUUUGGUGCUGGUGGGAGGAGCUGGCGUCCUAGAGGGGACCAGCAGAGUGACACUGGAGGCUGGAACCUGGCGGUGGCAGCGGUUGCAGUGGCGGCCAUUGUAGUUCUGGUCGUCCCCAGCUUCACCAGGACCUGAGGUCUCCACAGGAAGUGACCUCACUGGGAAGUCUGGGAUUGUGGGAUUGCCGUCACCCAUCCAGCUCUGCCCUCAUACAUGUUGCUGUCCUGAUGUCUGCUUGUUGCAUCGCUCUGUUUAGCGGGACAGCGCCGCCGAGACGUUUUCACCCGAAUGCCUCAGACGUCAGUGAGCACGUUUUGAUAAACGACGUCCUCCAUAAAGACUCGUAACUCUUCCUGCAGGUCGUCAUCGCACCGUGGAUCAGUUGGUUGAUUUAUCGAUCGGCGGUGAGGUUUCCAAAUAUCCACCAUCAUGAUCCAGGAGUGUGACGGGAAGUUGUCAUUUUGCAUUAUUUUAGAUUUAAGAUUCCAUUGUUUUCAGAAGCAACCAGAGGUGGAUGAUUGUUACCUGCUCAGCUCAGUGGAAGAAGUACUCUUUACUUACAUAAAAGCAGGAUUACCACAGUGUAAAAACUACUUAAAAUGUCAAAGUUCUCAAAAUUAAGAAUAGCCAUAGUGUCAUAAUACUAUAAAAUAUUUUGCAGUAAUGCAACAUUUCAUGUUGCCAGUUAAAGUGGACCUGAUUUUGACUAUUUAAAUGUACUUUAGUGUAAAAAAAAAAAA